AAUAUCAUCGGUCAUGCCAUUACCAUCUGUCCGACAAACCAAACAUAUAAUGCAACUAAAAAAAAUCCAUUUUGGGAUACUAAACAACCUUCGCCGCAUAACAGAAGUAGGUAGGUAUGACGUAAUCAAAACCACCAUCAACCGGGACAAAAAUAAAAUGUUCUUGUCCCCACGCCAACUUUGUUAUUCAGCCUCAAGUCUACCUUUGUAAGGUAAGACGUCGACGGUACUUGCACGAGAAUACCUAUUACCCACGUAAUUUUUUCCUUUUUUUUUUUUGGGUUGGUGUGGUACCGAAAAGUGAGAGUAAAAACUUUAUUGUGCCUAUGUGCGUGUUGUUGGGUGAUGUGCGAUUCGAAGGGACUCGAAAAGGAAUACCUUUUGGAAUUUAAACGAUGAUCCAACAAAGGUAGCCGCAAACAAAAAUGGUACGAAAAAUUGGUAAGAACCAUUACGUGGCGUCGCCUUUGCACCAAGAAUCGCCUACUCCUGUUCACGUGACCAGGAGCGCCGCUUACUCAGACGGUGAGGACAGUCAUCGGGCUCUAUCUGAUCGGACAGUAUCAGAAUAUACUUCUGUGCCAUAUACGAUAGUAAACGAACGAAACAAUCGACCAGGCUACACAAGCAGCAGUCCCCGAAACAACGUCUACAAUUCUUCCAGAGCCCCAUCAGCUUUGAGUAAAAACAGCAAAUACGAUGACACAGGCUCAGACAUUUACGUCACUAGUGGAGCUUACAAAGCCCCGUCUGAAAUCAGUCGCAAAGCUCAAAGUCACUACUCAUACCGAUCAGGUGCAGCUCCUUCUGUAGCUAGCAGAACGAGUAGGAGCACAGCGAAAACCGGCCGAGGAUCCAGAAAAGCUGGAAUGACUAUAGAAACAAUGGCAGCUCCGAAUCCUUUUUGUCCCAACAUAAAAGGCAUGUGCUGUCUAAUGCUGCUAUUGAAUUUGGGCAUUAUAUUAGUAACCCUCGGUUUUGUAAUCGUCAUCCAGUUUUUUGAGCCUCUAAUUGUUUGGGUCUUUGGUUUAAUCUUUCUCAUCUUUGGAUUCCUCACUCUCAUUGGAAGUUUGAUCUACUGCGUGGUUAUUUGCAAAGAUGUUAAAUCGCCAAGCCAAGUGAAUCCGGAUGAGCUCUAUUGGACGCAUCACUGGUCGAAAACGAUAGGGGCUUCCCCGGAAAUUCACUACAAAGUUGAAGAAAAGUACGGAGACGACAGAUACAGCGAUCGCUAUUCGGUUAGCAAGUUGUCCGGCAAGUAUUCGGACCGAGGGGAUAAGAAUGGACGUUAUUAAUUACUGAUUUUCAUUUUUUUUGUUUUGUGAUUAAACUUAGAUUUUAGGUGUGAAAUAAUUUUGUACAAAAUAUUUUAAAAUAAUAACAUGAUAACUUAUGAUUUGAGUUUUUUUGUCGGUUCUCAGUACGUACUACUUUCUGCUAGUGAGGCAAAAUUUCAGCUCAUUUGCA